AUGCCUUCAAUACUCCUUUCGCAAGAAGCUCUCGCCAAAGCUAUCCAGACUCGUUACGGACUACAGCACGAACAGAAGCCUCAAGAAGGACAGCAUGUUUCUGGCAAUAAACAAAGACGUCUAUUCCCAGCAUGGAGUGCUGUGGACGACGUUAAGCAUAAGGCUGAAGCCGUAGGCAAUGCAGCUGCUAAGGAGUAUGACAAAGCUAGCCAAAAGGCCCAAGCCAAAGCUGGCAAAAUUGAGUUGUAUUCGGCAAAGUAUUAUGCUGCUUGCACGUUUGGGGGUUUGCUCGCUUGCGGUUUGACGCACACUGCCGUGACUCCAUUGGACCUGGCAAAAUGCCGCUUGCAAGUCGACCCAACGAUGUAUAAGGGUAACUUUGACGCCUGGAGGAAAAUAGGUCGUGCAGAAGGAAUUCGUGGUAUUUUAACAGGCUGGAGUCCAACCUUCUUUGGCUACUCGGCGCAAGGAGCUUUCAAAUACGGUGGUUAUGAGUUCUUUAAAAAGUUUUAUGGUGAUCUCCUUGGUGAGGAAACUGCUACACGCUGGAGAACUUCAGUGUAUCUUGCCGCUAGUGCUUCGGCAGAGCUGAUUGCAGACGUUGCACUCUGUCCAUUUGAGGCUGUCAAAGUCCGCAUGCAAACAACAGUCCCCCCCUUUGCGACUGGGACAUUUAGCGGAAUUUCACACGUCACGGGGAAGGAAGGUAUCGGAGGUUUGUACAAGGGGCUGUACCCUCUCUGGGGCCGACAAAUUCCCUACACCAUGAUGAAAUUCGCUUCUUUUGAACGGAUUGUGGAAAUGAUCUAUAAAAAUCUUCCGGGUCAGAAAUCAGAUUACAACAAAGGUGCCCAAACUGCUGUUGCUUUUAGUGGCGGCUAUCUUGCUGGUAUUCUAUGUGCUAUUGUGUCUCAUCCUGCAGAUGUAAUGGUCAGCAAGCUCAACGCCAACCGGCUGCCUGGAGAAGCAUUUGGCACAGCGAUGAGCCGCAUCUACGGAGAUAUUGGUUUUAAAGGGCUGUGGAACGGGCUUCCCGUCAGGAUCGUUAUGAUCGGGACACUGACUGGUCUUCAAUGGAUGAUCUACGAUUCAUUCAAGAUCUUUAUGGGGCUUCCGACCACUGGAGGACCAAAAGAAGUCAAAAAGGAAUCUUAA